UCUUACCUUCCUACCUAGCUUCUAUAUUAAUCUCCACAGAAAUAUUUCUCCAUAUAUCAUACCUAUAAUAUAGGUCAUGGCUGAUCCAAAUACUCCUCCGACUAACUUGAGCCAGGUAGUAGUAGACCAACCCGCACCGACCCAGUUCACCCUUGACUUUCCUCCUCCUUCUCCUACACUACACCAACCUCCACAGCCUCAUCAGCCUCCUCAUCCUCCACAUCCACCUCCAUCACAUUCUCUUGCUCUUCUUGCUCUUCUUCCUCUUGACCACACGAGUAGAAGCCCAACUGUACCCAUAAUUCCUCCAACAUCUGAAGCUACAGAAGUACAGCAGCUACAGCCUCAAACACCUAGGGAGGCAACAACACCGCAGGGAAAAACUCCCAUGGCCUCAAGUUCUUCGGGCAAGCACCCCAGGUACCGGGGAAUUCGCUGCCGGGGAGGAAAAUGGGUGUCGGAAAUACGCGAGCCGCGAAAGACCAAGCGAAUAUGGCUCGGGACUUUCCCAACUCCGGAGAUGGCUGCAGCCGCCUACGACGUGGCGGCCCUGGCUCUGAAACGUGAGGAUGCAGUUCUCAACUUUCCUAGUUCCAUUAAGUCGUAUCCGGUCCCCGCGUCCAUGUCUGCGCUGGACAUUCGUGCUGCGGCGACUGCUGCAGCUACUGCAGCAGCAGCGGCAACACUGAAGACGGGUGUCUCCAGGGAGACUCCAAGUGUUGAACAACAAGAGAAAGAGUAUGAUGAUAUGCUGAGUAUUAAUAACAGUAAUUUAGCGUCGUCUGUUGGGGCAGACUUUAUGGACGAGGAAGAGAUUUUCGGGAUGCCGAGUUUGCUGGUAGACAUGGCUGAAGGAAUGCUGGUUUCUCCGCCAAGAAUAAACUCGCCGCCUUCUGAUUAUGACUCGCCGGAUAAUUCAGACGGAGGAGAGGCUCUGUGGAACUACGAUUGAUCUUAUACGUACUUUCCUUAGGUUCUCUUUCGGAAAUAAAGAUGAUUUUAUGAAAGCACAAAAACUAAAAAUUAGAAGGAGUACGGAGCGUGUAAAUAGCAACAAGAUGAACAUGGGAGUUUUUCAAACUGAUCGAGGUUCCAGGAAGUGAGUUCUUUUGUUUUAUGAGUGGCAGUAGGUGUUUCUUUGUGUUCUUCGACUUCUCAUUUUCUUCUCUUUUUUUUCUUUUUUUAUUAUUUUGAAUUAAGAUUGUGCGGUUUUUCUUCUCAACUGUUCACUGAUUGUUUCAGACAGUAGAUCAAAUUGCUUUGGCUUGUCUGUGAAUCUAUAGGUGACUGUCCACCAUGACAUUUGCUACAUGAAGCUUUUACAUUGACUCAGAUAGGGACAGAGAGAAGUUUCAUGAUCAAUUACGCUGAUGCAUUUUCUUUUAUAUAUGAACUAUAUAUUUCUUUUAUCCAUGGUAAACUUAAAGUCCACGUACAUGCAUGGUUAAGUUUCUAUUCAUUCUUUCU